CUCCAACAGUGAAAAGUAGUGACAACUUAGCUCUAUAUAUAAAGCCGAAUCUCAAAUUCCCUUUGCAUUUCUCUUCCUCUUUACAAAAGAAUAAAACAUAAUCAAAAUACAAACAAACUAGUAGUGCAAAUAUCUCUCUCCCACUGCCACUCAGAUUGCCUUGCACUCAUUUUUCCACCCAUUUUUCCGGGGCUUAAGUAACAUAAUAUAAUUUGUUUGUUUGUUUUUUUGUCAGCCAUUCUUCUUUACUUUUCCAAAAAUAAAUCCACAUGGCUUUGAAAUCUUCAAACUUGUUGAGGAGCCAUCUUUUUGACGGGUUUUUGUCCAGGGGUAGAAGAGAGAAAAGGAAAGUAAUGGCUAAACCGGUGAGGCUCAAAGGGGUGGAUGAUGACUUGCAGAAGAUUUUGGAUGCUAAUAUGGAUGAAGCACCAGCUAGAAGAAAAGCUAGGGAAGCCUUUAAGAAGUUUCAGCUUGGAAUUGAUCAUAUUUUGUUCAAGACACCUAUAGAUGGAUUGAAGAUGAAUGAGUCAUAUGAGGUGAAUUCUAGGGGAUUGGAAAUUUUCUCAAAAAGUUGGCUUCCAGAGACCUCCUGCCCCAAGGCAAUGGUGUUCUUUUGUCAUGGUUAUGGAGACACUUGCACAUUUUUUGUUGAAGGUAUUGCUAGGAAAUUGGCAUUGUGUGGGUAUGGAGUUUUUGCAAUGGAUUACCCAGGAUUUGGUCUGUCAGAAGGUCUUCAUUGCUAUAUUCCCAGCUUUGACAGGCUUGUUGAUGAUGUGAUUGAGCAAUACUCCAAAGUCAAAGAGAAUCCUAAAUUUCGGACCCUUCCAAGCUUCCUAUUCGGGCAGUCCAUGGGUGGAGCUGUAGCUCUGAAGGUGCAUCUAAAACAACCUAAUGCCUGGAGUGGUGCCUGUCUUGUUGCUCCUAUGUGCAAAAUUGCUGAUGACAUGGUUCCACCCUGGAUAGUGAAGCAAAUUCUGAUUGGUGUGGCUAAUCUUCUCCCGAAGCAGAAGUUAGUCCCACAAAAGGAUUUGGCAGAGGCAGCAUUUAGAGACAUUAAGAAGAGAGAACUGACACCCUAUAAUGUUAUUGCUUACAAGGACAAGCCACGCUUGUGGACUGCUCUAGAGAUGCUGAGAACCACUAAUGAGAUAGAAAAAAACUUGGAAAAGGUUUCGCUUCCAAUCUUAAUCUUGCAUGGAGAGAAUGAUGUUGUAACUGACCCAUCUGUUAGCAGAGCCUUGUACGAGAAAGCAAGAAGCUCGGACAAGAGGAUUAUUAUUUAUAAGGAUGCAGGCCAUUCUCUUCUUGAAGGGGAACCAGAUGAUAUGAUUCUUAGAGUUUUUAGUGAUAUAAUUUCUUGGCUUGAUGAACAUAGCAGUAAUACUGCAUGCUAACCUCAUAUCUUUAUUUGGUUCCCUACAUUUUCUUAUACAAAACAAUUCAACAAAGGGAAUAAAGAUCCGAGAAUAAGGAUCCGCUGCGGUAGAUCUCUGGAUUGGUUACAUUCGUUGUAUAUUCAGGAAAUUAAAUUAAGUAAAGAGAUAUUUUCUUGUGUUAUAAACCUGGUUUACAUUAUUA